AGUAAUUCGGGCUCAAGUCAAGAGCCACAAUCCAUUCAUAUACCGUUGCUUUUCCGAAUUCUUUUCGCCUCAGCCAUGCAGAUUUCUGAGGAGAUGACCUGGCAGGCAUGGCUGGUCUUGGGCCUGAUCUUGUCCAGUUUGGUGCUCCUCUUCAUGGAGGUGUCCUCACCCGACCAAGUGAUGAUGGGCACACUCUGCAUUUUGUGGAACUGCGGCAUCGUCUCCACCCAGCAGGCCCUGGACGGCUUCUCCAACACAGGCUUGGUGUCGAUCGCGGCCUUGUUCAUCGUGAUGCACGCGGUGGACAAGAGUCGGGUGGUGGACUGCGCUGCGCGUCGCAUCUUGGGGAACCACCUCAAAGAUCGGAUGGUUCUGCUGAGGGUCUGCGGCCUCGUCUUUGUCUUUUCUGGCUUCUGCAAUAACACGCCUUUGGUGGUGCUCUUCAUGCCGGUUCUGCGAGACUGGGCCCGCAGCAACCAGCGGGCCCCCUCCACCUUCUUGAUCCCCCUGAGCUAUGCGUCGAUCAUGGGGGGCAUGCUGACCACCAUCGGCACCAGCACCAACCUGCUGAUCAAUGGCCUGCUGGAGAAGGAGGGGAUCAGGCCUUUCAACUUCUUCGAGCCGGCCAUCCUGAGUCUCCCCAUCGGCGCCUUUAGCCUGUUGCUGCUGAUCCUGUUGGCGCCAAUGGUACUGCCCAACAAUAAGGGAGGCCUCUUCCGAGAGGUGCGUGAGCACGGUGACAACCUGGUCACAGCACUGGAUUUGGCGGAGGACUCGGCCUUCCUGGGCAAGCCCGCGGUGGACGUGCUCUCGUCCCUGGGGCUUCCAACCAGCUGCUUGCUCAAGAUCCGGCGGCCCAAGAAUUCCAAGCCGCUUUGGCAGACCUUGGGCGCAACGCAGCCCAGUGAGCACACAGACUCGCUGAGCCCUUCGCAAGACUCCCCGCGGACCUUGGAGCUGGAGCAGACCUUCAGCGUGCGGUUUCUGAAUUUGGACAUCGAGGCGAACAGCGGGGAGGAGGGAGAUAUUGUGGAGAUCCAGCCGGUGGGCGAGAACGAGCGGGUCCAGAACGGAGACCUCCUCUUGCUGUCGCUGCCCAGGGACCGUGUGGUAGAUAUCAUCUCCAAGCAGGAGCGCGGCAUCCGAGUGCGGUCCAUGCACGCCAGCCAGGCGGUGUCCGAGAAGUCGGAGUUCGUGGAGCUGGUGAUCAGCGCCAACUCGACCUUGGUGGGGCAGCCCGUGUGCAACGCCCCGAACCUGGUGGCGGACACCUACAACGCCGGGCUCAUCGCAGUGCGGUCCCGGUACUGGGGUACUGCCUUCGCAACGGCACAGGCGGAGGAGUCCCCGAGCCCCUUCCACCGGGGCAAGGCCCACUUCAUGGCGGGCGACGUGAUCCUCGUCUUGGCGCCCGUGGGCCACGAGUACCCCAAGUCCCACUUCUUUCUGGUGACGCACCUGGGCUCGCCGCCCAAAGCCACGACCUUCUAUGACUUGAUCCCAAUCUUCCUCUUCGUGCCCGCUCUGGUGGUCACAGGCAUGAACUACGUGAGUAUGACCCAAAUCGCGGUGACGCUGUCCACAGUCUUCAUCCUCGGGGGCUGGGUGAAGGCAGCAGAGCUGAGGAGCAUCGUGGACUGGCAGCUGCUGAUUUUGAUCGGCGCCUCCUUGGGGGUGGCCUCCGCCAUGUCCUCCUCCGGCCUCGCCGCGGGCAUCUCGCGGGGGAUUCUGGGCGCCGGCGUGCCCACGUGGUUGGUGCCCGGCUUCCUGUACCUCAUCAUCAUGACCACCACGGAGAUGGUGACCAACAACGCGGCGGCGGCCUUGGGUGUGCCGUUGGCACUGGACCUGGCCAAGAAGAUGGAGCUGGAAUCCCCGCACUCGCUGGUAAUGAUCGUCAUGUUGGCCGCAUCAACUUCAUUUGCCUCGCCCAUUGGUUACGCGACCAAUCUAAUCGUCAUGGGCCCCGGGGGCUAUUCUUUCCUGGACUUUCUGCGACUGGGCGGGCUGCUGGACUUGGUGUGGCUCCUGGGGGUCUGCGCUCUGAUUCCGUGGCUAUGGCCCAUGGAACCUUUGGCCUGAGCCACUUCGAGCCUUUUCCGGGCCAGGUGAGGCAUAGAAAGUCAGAG